AUGCGUGUACGUGCGUAUACACUGUACGACAAGAGCGGAGCGGAGCUCAUUUCCAAACUCACCACCAAGAGCACAAGAGACUCCAAGCAAACCAUGCUCAAGAAGUGGCUUCUCCCAGUCUGCAUUGCUGCUGUGGGACUCGUGGCUACCUCUGCCGACGACCUCGACGCUCGAGCCAACUCCAUCGUCGAGAACUUCACUGAAAACCAAGUCGUUGGCCAACUGGCGCAGAUCGCCGUCUUUUCUCUGCUAAACGAGGAUUAUUCCUUGAACGAAGACCUGGUGCGCUACUACGCCAAGCGCCAUGUCGGGUCAUUUUUGACCACACCGUUCACGAACGGCCCCAACGAACUCACCUUCGCCGUUGGCUGGAACGUUGCCGAGUGGCGUAAUAUCAUCACCCGCAUCCAAGAGAUCGUCAUGGAAGAGAACGAUGGCAUCCCGAUGAUCUUCGGCAUUGACUCGGUCCACGGUGCUGGUUUCGUUUUGAACACUACUCUGUUCGGCGCUCAAAUCAACGGCGCCGCCACCUUUAACCCGGACUUGGUCUACGAAAUGGGUCGCGUCACUGGCCAGGACACGCAGGCUGCUGGAAUCCCCUCGAUAUUUUGCCCUAUUCUCGAGAUCUCAAGCAACCCGUUGUGGGCACGCACCUACGAAACCUUUGGAGAAGAUCCUCAUCUCGUGUCGGUGAUGGGAGAUGCUGUCAUUCGCGGUCUGCAGAGCAACAACCAGACUGCAGCAUGCAUGAAGCACUUUGUGGGCUACUCGAAAACCCCAACGGGCCACGACAAGGAUGGCGUUGAGAUCUCGGACUUCGAUCUACUCAACUACUUUGUGAAACCUUUUAAGGCAGCUAUUGACGCUGGCGUUAUGACAACCAUGGAAAACUACAUCUCCAUUAACGGCGUCCCCACUAUUGGCAACCACAAGAUCCUCCAGCAACUACUGCACUUUGGCGAAAUGGGAUCGCUUAACUCGUACCACCGCGUUGCACGUACAGGGGACGAGGCUGUUCGCAUGUCUUACGUGCACACGGGGAUCGAUAUGAGCAUGGGAUUCAAUGACGCGUAUCUGAACAGUACCCUACUUCUGCUCGAGGAAAGCCCCGAGUACUUCAACCGACUCAAGGACUCUGCCAAGCGCAUCAUCAAGACCAAGCUGCAGUUGGGGCUAUUUGACACCCCCAUCCCAGGAGCAGACGACGUUGCCAAGGUUCGCAAUGAUGUUGAUGUUGAAAAAUCCUUGGAGAUGGCUCGCGAGUCGAUUGUGUUGCUCCAGAACAACGACAACACACUCCCCAUCUCGAGCUCGUCUUCUGUGUUCUUGACUGGCCACUCUGCUCACAACAUCGGCAACCAGUGUGGUGGCUGGAGCGUUAGAUGGCCUGGUUACACUGGUAACGACCUUUUCCCGAACGGCAUUUCGGUCAAGGAAGGCCUGGAGGCGAUCGUUGGCGACAAGGUGACCUACUUCAAUGGACUGGAGUUUGAUGGGAACUACACGGCAGCUAACCUGACUACCGCUAAGCAACACGCCAGCAAGGCCGAGUACACAGUUGCUGUCAUCGGUGAACUCCCGUACGCCGAGAAGACCGGAGAUAUUAACGAUCUUGCUCUUCCUGCCGGUCAGAUUGAGUACGUCAAGGAGCUUGCAUCCACCGGCACCAAGGUCAUUGUUGUCCUCUUUAAAGGCCGCCCCCGUCUGCUUGGCGACCUCUCGGAGAACGUCCACGCCGUGGUCCACGGUCUACUUGCGUGUGAACAAGGAGGCAAGGCCAUGGCUGAGAUCAUUUACGGGCAAGUGAACCCCAGUGGUCGUAUGCCGAUCACCUACCCGAAGGAUGCCGAUGACUGGAGCGUGUACUACCCGCAGAUCGGCAGUGGCUUCAAGUUGGUAGCCGAGGACACAGACUACGUGAUCGCGAUAAAACCGGAGACAGACUGCGAUGUGUACAACGAGACUGCUGCUGCGAACCCGUUGUGCGCGACAUUUUCGCUGCAAACUGGUGACUACCCGUACGGUGUGCUCCUGCCGGAUAAGAAGUAA